UUAAAAAAUUCGAUUUACUUUCAUAUGUGUUUUCUCUAUCUUAGCCUUAGGACCUCAAUAGUCAAUACGGACAACUUACGCAGCGUUUUGGACGUUUCCUUUUAGGAAGCUAUGGAUUUUCAAUUUGAGGUAUUGCUCGCCGCCACAACCACCGAUUUAUUGAUUUGCGGCAUCAAAUUCCGGUGGUUCUGCCGCCCCGACAAUCACCUACCACCGCCGUUCACCGACGAAGCCAGAUACUGCGCCGUGUGCCUCUACGACGUUAUUAGCGGGGAGAAUUGCCGGAAACUGCCGAAAUGUGGGCACGUGUUCCACGUGGAGUGCGUGGACGCGUGGCUACAAAGCAAUCGGACAUGUCCACUCUGCAGAAGGCAAGUUACUGAUCAGGGGAGAGGCGAAACCGUAAUUUCGCGGGCGGAGGAUUUUAUUUUGGAAAAGAUUUAUAAUCCUAUUACUGAGAUAGUCACAGUGCUUGUGUCCGGCGGUAUGUCUCUUGCACAUCCAUGAAUCUAUUCAUCUUUUUUUUUUAUAUCAUCGAGCUCUGUAUGAUUUCUAUUGAUUUCAUCUGUUGUUUUUUUUGGAUCCAAUCUAGCUAAUUUUGAGAUGUAAAAAUUGGGGAAGUUUCUUUUUUUUUCUUCUCUUAAUUAAUCCAUUUGUACCAAAUUUAGCCAUAAUGAAUUGUAUUAAUAUUAAUUAUCAUAGUGAAGUUUUUUUACAGUCAA